AUGAUGUUCGAUCCACCUGACUUUCCUUACAAAGAGUUGACGGAUUCUAUAAGUGAGCAUUAUAGUACAGAUGAUAUUCUCUUUAACAGCGAUGCUGUAGUCAUUGACUCAAUCUCGAAUGAUAAAGAUCUUGUAAAAGUUACAGAGGAAAUGAUUUCAUCGGUAGAAAAUCGCUUAACCUAUAAUUCUAAUAAUGCAGGACAAGUUUUUAACAUUGAAAGCAGGUCCAUCUUAGAUGCAGAACAAAACCUAGGACUAUAUGUUUUACAACCGGAUAAUUCACUAAACUACGAACCUACUUUGUUAGAUGAUAAUACAGUUAAUCAAUUUCUGUUGCCUGUUCAGACAUCUUUAAAUAAAGAAAAGGAUAGUGAAAAUAUAGGUCCUGAUUUAUUAGCUCUACAUUCGUGCGUGAUUUGUCACGAAAUAUUCACUACGGAUGCGGAUCUACUCGAUCACACGAUUUCUGUGCACGUUUCCGACCAACCCCUGGAGCAAGAGACUAACCUUUCUCUGUCUGCUGCUAUAAAUAAUAUAAGUUCUGAGUGCGAGUGGUUGGUGUGUGGUGUCUGCGAGCGAGUGCUGUCGACCGCGCUUGAAUCCGAACCCCGCGAACAAUUAUGUUGUACGGACAUAAGCGGCAAGGGCAGCGUGGGUUCCCGAAGGCUUACCUCUAUGUUUGUGUGUGAAUACUGCAGCUACCUGUUCGCCACCGGUGAAGCGUUAGACCGCCACCGACUGACGUGCUUCGGCCAAGAAGAUAUUUAUCCCGAAGAAACAAUUAUAGAAUCAAGCGCAGUUCCACUACCUGAAAAUUACAUUUUUUGUAACAUUUGUGGCAAGCAAUGCGAGACAGAAGAAGAAUUAAAACACCAUGGGGUUGAGUGUCACAAGCCAGCGAGCAGGCGCCGACCGUACAACACCAAGAAUAGUAAUAAGAUGUGGAAUUGUGGGUCUUGUAAUCAACUUUUCACUACUGCAAGAGAGUUGUAUCGUCACAAGCGGGGUGAAGACCGUCCUCCCGGCACGCCGCUCACGGCGUACGUCUGCGAAGAGUGCGACAAGGUCCUGGGCAGCAUGUGCGCUCUGCACACGCACAAAAAAAUGCACAAAGUUUCUAAACCUGGUUAUCCAUGUCGAGUCUGUGGUCGACGAUUCAACCAGUCUGGUCAUCUGGCUAUACAUAUGCGUAUGCACACGGGAGAACGACCGUACCCUUGUGAUCUUUGCUCUAAGGCUUUUAAAGUUAAGGUGGAGCGCGACGACCACCGCCGGACGCACACCGGCGAGCGCCCCUUCGCGUGCGCCGCCUGCCCCAAGACGUUCACUGCCGCAGCACGCUUGCGUGAACACGCGCGCAUACACACCGAUCAAAGGCCAUACAAAUGCGAUAUUUGUGGCGCUGCAUUCCGAAGGCCCUACGCUCGCACCGUCCACACUCUGAUACACACUGGGGAGAAGCCACAUGAGUGUGACGUGUGUGGAACUGCCUUUAGGCGUUCUGGAGAUAUGUGGAAGCAUAAAAGAACUCUACACGGAAUUCAGGCGACCAGCGGUGAUGCAAAAUAGAGACCUGUCUUUAAUGGAAAACUAUUUUUUUUAUAAAUACUUUUAUACUACUGAUUGUAAGCUCAAGCUCUGUGCUUUUAUGUCAUGAAUGCUAUUAUUUAACGGAAGAAUCUAAACGUUUUAUUUAAAUUCGCAAAUUACAUAAUAAAUUCAUAGAAUCGCCAUGACUGCAUUAUACACUGUAAUUAUGACGACAUUGAGCAUUUAAAAUGACGUCCGUUACUGCUGUAGCGUAAUAUCUUUAGAUACAAACUUUUUAUUUUUACAUGUACAGAACUUGAAAACUUUAUUAUAAAUGGUAUUCUGAUUAUAUUGUCAUUUCUUCUGAUCUUUCGUAGUUGUCGAAUUUAGGAUACGUCAUUUUUAUUAUUUAAGGUUUGAAUGAAUACGUUGGGUAAAAUAAAAGGCUGUGCUUUCUUCAA